UUUGUAUUUCUGUGAUAGGUCAACAUUCCCCAACAUGAAGUGGAAAAGUUUGAAUCCCAGUAAAACAGUGGAACAAAUAGAACAGUUUUUGCCUUUACCAGUGUAUGAGAAGCUGAUGGGAUUGCUGAAUGAGGCUGGAAUAUCUAGUGGUUAUAUGGACAAACCUUGCCUUGAUCCAACUGAUGCAGAGUGUCCUGAUUCAGCACCAAAUUACAGGAAGAAGGAACCUGAUAUAGGUGUAGAGGUGACUGAUGGCUGCCAGGGAUUUGCAACAAAGUAUCUGGAUUGGCCUGAAGAGCUCAUUGUGGGGGGAAUAAAGAAAAAUAGUUCUGGAACUAUAAGAAGUGCUGAGGCAUUGCAGACCAUCAUUUUGUUGAUGGGUAAGCAACAAAUGUACACUCAAUGGCAUGGACGAGCAAAAGUCCAGCACUUGGAACCCCAGUGGUCGGAAGAUGAAGCUUUCCAAGUUUUGGAAGCAUGGAAGCGCGAGUUUACAAAGACAGUCAACACAGUUGAUCAAAGCCGAAAAGAAUCCACCGUCCUUGCUUUCUCCUCCACUUCAUUUAAUGAUCUUCUGAAGGACUUUUCUCAGACAAGCUACUCCAAAGUUGCAAUUGGUUAUGUUCUUAUGCUCAUAUAUGCUUGUGUGACACUCAAGCACUGGACUAAUGCUGUGGACUCCCAUGGUGCUCUUGGUUUUGCUGGUGUCCUGUUAGUGACUGUUGCUGUUGCUUCUGGACUUGGAUUUUGUUCUUUUGUCAAAAUCAAAUUUAAUGCUGCCUCAACUCAGAUCCUGCCAUUUCUUGCUUUGGGUCUGGGAGUCGACGACAUGUUCCUACUGGCUCACACAUAUGCAUCUACAAGAGAUAAAACCAAAGAACCUGCAGUAUAUUGUCUUGGGAGCACAGGUGUCAGUGUAUUCUUGACCUCUUUUAAUAACAUGUUUGCUUUUUUCAUGGCGGCACUCAUACCGAUUCCAGCCCUGAGGUCAUUUUCUUUACAGGCUGGCAUUGUGGUUCUGUUCAAUUUUUUUGCUGUCAUAGUCAUUUUCCCAGCUAUGAUAGUGAUUGACAGAAGCAGACGAAAAAGUGGCAAAUACGAUCUGCUUUGCUGCAUUGAAAGGAGGACAGAGCCUCAGAGAAUUUCAAUAACACCCAGUACAACAGGAUAUGGCAGUGAUGUUAUCCUUCACCGGUAUCACAACUCUUGCAACUCUGUGUCAGACAUUUCUGUGGUACAAGGUCUGAGUGGAACUGUUGUACUUCCUGGUAGUAUCCAAGCAACUGCAUCACAGACACUGCAUUUCCCUAAUAUGGUGACAGUUCAGGCGUCAGCCUCAGCUGAGGUGGGUAACACCCCUUUGACUGAACGUCAGCGGCACAGAAGGGGGUGUGCCAGAAGAGACAAACAAACAAAUGAAUCAAGCGACUUUGAACUGUCUGCUUUGGGCAACAUACAUAGUAGUAAUGGUGCAGGUAAUGCAAAGGCUAAUGCUGGUGCUUCAGCAAAUGUUGUACAAGUUCAGUUGGCUGGAUCCUUGGAUACAGAACAGCAAGAUAGCUAUGAUUUUAACACAAGGCCUUCAAGUCGCCAGAACCAUAGUAAAUCAUUUGCAAUAUACUCAGAACAAUCACGAGCUGACAGUUGCACCUGUGGAGAAGCAGGUCUUGAUCCACAAGGUAGAAGACGCACUUACAAGAAUCAGUCCAGAGACACUAUCAUUAAUGAAAAUGCCGUUGUGUUAGCUUCUAGAGGGGAAAGCAAGAUGCGAACACUGCCACCAAUGAACACUCCUAGAAAUGUUCAGUUUCAGGUGUUGGCUAAUGCUGCUUCGCAUGGAGAUUCAGACUUUAUGAGGACAAGAAGUUCAAACUCACGAUCAUCACCAGGGCUUGAUUCAGUGGGUAGAACCUCAACUGCUCAAAGCUUGUCAGAACCAGAAUUGGAGUCAACCAGAUGGAAUGUAGUGAAAAAGAAGCUUCAGGUUCUGUCCCUGUCGUACUUUGCCAAAGAGUACUAUGGCCCCUGGUUACAAAGAAUGCCAGUCAAGAUUUCCGUCCUGUUUGUGUUUGCUUGUGUACUUGCGGCUGGUGUAUAUGGCUGUUUGAAAGUGGAGGAAGGCUUGGACUUAACUGAUGUAGUUCCACGCAAGAGCCCUGAACACAAGUUUGUGAAGGCACAGUUUGAAUACUUCUCAUUUUACCAGAUGCAGAUUGUUACCAAAGGAGGCUAUGAUUAUCCUAAUGGACAGGAGCUCUUGUACAAGUUUCACCGUGCUUUCAAGAAGAUUGACAACAUCAUAAAAACUCCAGAAGGGGAAUUACCACCAUUCUGGCUCAUGUAUUUCAGAGACUGGCUCUUAGAGUUGCAAAAGGCAUUCGAUAAAGACUGGGAUGAAGGGACAAUAUCAUAUGAAGGAUGGCACAAAAAUGCAUCUGAAUAUGGUGUGAUGGCAUUCAAGUUGUUAGCACAAACUGGAGAAAAAGAGAUAGCAAACAAAUCCAUAGUUCGAAGUGUCAGGUUGGUCAACAAAGAUGGUAUCAUCAGACCAGAGACCUUUUACAAAUAUCUGCUGGUCUGGUAUAACAUGGACCCUCUAGGGUAUACCUAUUCGCAGGCAAAUAUCAAACCAGAACCAGAAGAGUCCUGGUAUAAUAAGAGAAGCACACAAGACUACACCGCAAUGCGAGUUGAGCCACCAGCACCUAUGAUCAAUUUUUCUUACAUCCCUUUCAAGUUGAUCAAUCUCCAAGAGACAAAAGACUUCAUUAGUACUAUCAAGAGCGUUCGUGCCUUGUGUGAGGAAUUUGAAAAAGCUGGCUUGCCUAAUUACCCUAGUGGUAUUCCAUUCAUAUUCUGGGAGCAGUACAUUUGGCUAGGGGAACACCUCCUGACUGCAGUUGCCAUAGUUCUAUCUGCAAGUUUUGUGGUUAUGGCUGUUAUUCUGUGCAACUUCUGGGCUGCAAUGCUGAUAGUGAUUGUCUUGGUAAUGAUAACAGUGGAGGUGUAUGGCUUCAUGGGUCUGGCUGGCAUCAAACUCAGUGCUGUGCCUGCGGUUACACUCAUUUUGUCUGUCGGAGUUGGUGUAGAAUUUACUGUACACAUGUGUAUGAAAUUUUUGACGAGUACAGGCGACCGAAAUCAGCGAAUGCAGAGAGCUGUCGAAUAUGUCUUUUCCCCUGUUGUGGAUGGCGCCGUCUCCACGCUUCUAGGUGUUAUAAUGCUUGCUGGAUCAGACUUCGAUUUUAUUGUCAGAUAUUUCUUCAACCUGUUGGCUGCACUUAUCGUCAUUGGAACUCUGAACGGCUUGGUGUUUCUGCCCGUGUUGUUGUCCUUGGCAGGGCCUGGUCCCGAGAUUGAAGAGGUUCGCCCUCCAGGUACGGCGUCAUCUACUGCUUCCAAGAGAGAGUUGCUACCAAGCUCCACGUAUCGGCAGAGAACUCCCCCCUCCGACUCCGAGGUUUACAUCGGGGAAACUAGUGCUCGACAAGAGGAGAAGUCAUCAAGCUCCGGGGGGAGACAUACGCGUCACAAGAGGGUUCCUCAUAAGAGCAAGAGGCGUUCACAUCGAAGCAGGACUCCCACUGUGGAUUCUGACUCGUCAAGUUCGACUGUCACUCGGGUUACAGCUCGGGCCACGGUCACAGUCGAAGUUCAUACAGAGCAGGUUUCCGCGGAGCGAUCAGCGUACCAGAAUUUCCGAAGUGGCGGCGCCCAAGUCGGGCCAAUCCGUAAUGAAGGGGAGAUUGGCGAGGAGGAUUUGGAAAUAACAAAUCUGGAGGACUGCGAGAAUGUUGUGAAAAGAUAGGCGUCAGAAAAUCAUGGGAAAUGUCAGAUAAAGGUCCUAUGUACACUCCUUCCAUAGGAAAACACGUGAGACAUGCGUGCGCGCGUGGCGCGAGUAACCUUCCAGUUGCAUCGUUAAUCAAGAACAAGAAGUUGGUGCAGUUAUUCACCAAGAACUUCGAAACAUUUUUGUAAAGGUAAAGCCAGUAAAACAGGUUUUUUACUGGAUUGUUCCAUAUUGGACAAGAAAGGCUUAGAUUUACGUUGAAGAUCUCAGCCAUUAAUUAUUCUAAUUUAGAACCGAAUACGAACAAUAUUCGAAUUAUUUAUAUUUGGUGUACAAACUUCUAAGGUGUAAUUAUGCAUUAACGUGCUAACUGGGCCCAUGUUAUCCCAUUAUAUCGUGUAAUCUACGUCUUGUGUAGAGUCAAGUUACGGGGUUUGCAGUAUUUAUAGUAGAAAAGUGGAGAAGAAGCGGCUACUCGCUACAACCUCCACUUUCAAAGAGAUGUUUGGUUAAUUUAGCAUCCUAUGUUCUGUAUCUGUUAAAGCAGUUUGAGCCCACGAAACAAUAUAUUCAGUGGAUUAAAGAUUCGUUUUUCGUUA